GAAAAAAAAAAACAAAAACAACAACAACAAAACAAAAUUAAAGCCAUGGAAGUGGGGGUAUUAGAUGAUCUAAUAGAGAGGUUAUUGGAAGGUAGGAAGAGCAAAGGCAAACGUAUUCAGCUCUCCGACUCUGAGAUCCGUCAACUCUGCACUGUGGCCAAGGGUGUCUUUCUCAGCCAACCCAUUCUCUUGGAAUUAGAAGCCCCCAUGAACAUUUGUGGUGACAUACAUGGUCAGUUCUCCGACCUCCUACGACUAUUUGAGUACGGUGGUUUUCCGCCAGAAGCCAACUACUUAUUCCUGGGAGACUACGUAGACAGAGGAAAGCAAAGCAUUGAAACCAUAUGCCUUCUCUUAGCUUAUAAGAUCAAGUUCCCAGAUAACUUCUUCCUUCUCCGAGGAAACCAUGAGUGUGCCUCCAUCAACAGAAUAUAUGGGUUCUACGAUGAAUGCAAGCGCAGGUUCAGCGUCCGACUCUGGAAGAUAUUCACCGAUUGCUUCAACUGUUUGCCCGUGGCGGCAGUCGUUGAUGACAAGAUCUUAUGCAUGCAUGGUGGGCUUUCUCCAGAAAUGGAGAGCAUGGAUCAAGUAAGAGCGAUAGAGAGGCCAACUGAUGUGCCUGAUCAAGGUCUCUUGUGUGAUCUUCUUUGGGCUGAUCCCGACAGAGACAUCAAAGGAUGGGGAGAGAACGACAGGGGAGUUUCAUAUACAUUUGGAUCAGACAAGGUGGCUGAGUUCUUGAAGAAGAAUGAUCUUGAUCUCAUAUGUCGCGCUCACCAGGUCGUUGAAGAUGGGUAUGAAUUCUUUGCCGACAGGCAGCUGGUUACCAUAUUCUCGGCUCCAAACUACUGUGGAGAAUUCAACAACGCAGGUGCACUAAUGAAUGUGGAUCCAAGUCUACUCUGCUCUUUUCAGAUUCUCAAACCUGGAAGGGGAAAGGAUGUUCAGCUGGAAUAG